CCCUCUCUCUCUCCCUUGCUCUCGCUCUGGAAGUAAUUUAAGGUGAAGAAAUGACUUCGAACUAAGCAUUUUCCUUCCCUCUAUCUUUUUUCUUGUUCACUGUUUCUCUUUCUUUCUUUCUUUCAUUCUUUCUUUCUUUCUUUCUUUCAUUCUUUCUUUCUUUCUCUCUUUCUUUCUUUCUUUCUUUCUCUCUCUCUCUUUCUUUCUCACACAGAACACAGUAACAGAACAUACACAGCCAGGUCACCCGUGAUACAAAUCAGUAUUAGAAGUCCAUCCAUGCCUGAGGACGUCAGUAGAUGACGUGGAUACCGGCCACUAGGGGCAACAGUGAGCGCUGUUCCCUUCAAGUAGGUUUCAGUUUUGCUAGGGCUUUGUGAACGGGAACGACCGAUGGUUGUAAGCAUCUGCCUCUGAUUCCACAGGGUGAAAGUUCAAAUCCAGUGACAGAAAAGAUUCAUAGAGUUCAUUUAGAGUUUAUGCCUAAAAUUAACACUUCAAAAUGGUACGUUUUACAAACAUGGAUGAAGGUCUAAUUUUGAAUUGUGACUGUAAGAGCUGGUUGGCUGUACAUACUCGACUCUGAGACCCUACAGCUGAUCUUCAGAAGCAGCUUGUGUUAUCCAGGGCAUUGGCUCAUCCCCGCGUCCCUGUUAUUCCUGAACAAUCUUCAUUAGUGUAAAAUAAUCCUGGGUUAGGCUGGGGGAGUGGGCCCGUUUUAGCAGCAGGUUAUCACAUGAUCAGAUGGAUGUCUCUGAAGAGAGUGACACAUGAGCGUCAGUGACACCAAUUUGACUAUCAUACACACAGAGUACAAUGUUGUGAGAAACAACACCAACAUGUGUGUGUGUGUGUGUGUGUGUGUGUGUGUGUGUGUGUGUGUGUGUGUGUGUGCGUGCGUGUGCGCGUGCGUGCGCGUGCACGUGUGUCAGUGUGCAUGUUUGUGUCACAUGUGGUUAUGUGCAUAAUCCUAUGUGUGUAUUAUUAGCCUGUCUGAACAUACAGCAUCAGGCUCAGCCAGCCAGUUUCCCUGGGCUCCGGUCAUUACCUUAGCAUGUUAGCCUGUCUGAACAUACAGCAUCAGGCUCAGCCAGCCAGUUUCCCUGGACUCCGGUCAUUACCUUAGCAUGUUAGCCUGUCUGAACAUACAGCAUCAGGCUCAGCCAGCCAGUUUCCCUGGGCUCCGGUCAUUACCUUAGCAUGUUAGCCUGUCUGAACAUACAGCAUCAGGCUCAGCCAGCCAGUUUCCCUGGGCUCCGGUCAUUACCUUAGCAUGUUAGCCUGUCUGAACAUACAGCAUCAGGCUCAGCCAGCCAGUUUCCCUGGACUCCGGUCAUUACCUUAGCAUGUUAGCCUGUCUGAACAUACAGCCUCAGGCUCAGCCAGCCAGUUUCCCUGGGCUCCGGUCAUUACCUUAGCAUGUUAGCCUGUCUGAACAUACAGCCUCAGGCUCAGCCAGCCAGUUUCCCUGGGCUCCGGUCAUUACCUUAGCAUGUUAGCCUGUCUGAACAUACAGCCUCAGGCUCAGCCAGCCAGUUUCCCUGGGCUCCGGUCAUUACCUUAGCAUGUUAGCCUGUCUGAACAUACAGCCUGAGGCUCAGCCAGCCAGUUUCCCUGGGCUCCGGUCAUUACCUUAGCAUGUUAGCCUGUCUGAACAUACAGCAUCAGGCUCAGCCAGCCAGUUUCCCUGGGCUCCGGUCAUUACCUUAGCAUGUUAGCCUGUCUGAACAUACAGCAUCAGGCUCAGCCAGCCAGUUUCCCUGGGCUCCGGUCAUUAUCUUAGCAUGUUAGCCUGUCUGAACAUACAGCCUGAGGCUCAGCCAGCCAGUUUCCCUGGGCUCUGGUCAUUACCUUAGCAUGUUAGCCUGUCUGAACAUACAGCAUCAGGCUCAGCCAGCCAGUUUCCCUGGGCUCCGGUCAUUAUCUUAGCAUGUUAGCCUGUCUGAACAUACAGCAUCAGGCUCAGCCAGCCAGUUUCCCUGGGCUCCGGUCAUUAUCUUAGCAUGUUAGCCUGUCUGAACAUACAGCAUCAGGCUCAGCCAGCCAGUUUCCCUGGGCUCCGGUCAUUAUCUUAGCAUGUUAGCCUGUCUGAACAUACAGCAUCAGGCUCAGCCAGCCAGUUUCCCUGGGCUCCGGUCAUUACCUUAGCAUGUUAGCCUGUCUGAACAUACAGCAUCAGGCUCAGCCAGCCAGUUUCCCUGGGCUCCGGUCAUUACCUUAGCAUGUUAGCCUGUCUGAACAUACAGCAUCAGGCUCAGCCAGCCAGUUUCCCUGGGCUCCGGUCAUUACCUUAGCAUGUUAGCCUGUCUGAACAUACAGCAUCAGGCUCAGCCAGCCAGUUUCCCUGGGCUCCGGUCAUUACCUUAGCUAUCUGGUCUAACGUGAUGACUGUGGUUCAGUAUAGUAACAUCUUCAGCCUGUGGCAAUGGGAAAUAGGUCCAUCCAUUAUUCAUUCAGGCUAAGAUGUUUGUUGAUUAGUCCUUUAUGUAUAUAUUCGUUACACGUAAGAGUCAUUCUUCAACAGUUCCAUCCAACUCGAGAGAAUCAGUCACCAUUUGGUCUGGUAUGAUUUUACUGUAUGAGCCUUCAUAACACCUUAUCAACACCAACUGACUAUAAAGAGGCGUGAAAGACGGAAUCCAUACCAGUCUGUCUUUUGGAUCCCGGUCUACUGAAGUCAUGUUAACGUAUUUUCAACGUCCUGUGCUCAUAGGGCGUUGAAGUGUCGUUGUUAUCGCCCCAGAUGACAGAAGUGCCUUGCCUGAAGCCUGUAGCUGUUUGGACCUUCUAGACCACACCAGGAGCCCAAGGACUGCCAUCCCUGCCCGCUGAGCUUUCUGAUCCCUGGUCCCUGGUGGUGCCCCCAUCCUACCCACAAUCCUUCCCUGCCACAUCUACCACCUCUCUGGAACUGUCUCUGCUCUCUUGUAGUCUGACUGUGACAACACAUAGGAUUUUCUUCCUUCUGUGUGGGUGAAAAGGGACUGUCCUCCCGCAGUACCUCCCUCCACUCCGCCCCCCUGCUACCUGCUCCCUCUGCACAACAUGGGCCAACCCGAUCAAUAAUGUGUUUCGCCAUCCAUCUCACCUGACAGUUCAGCUGAGGAAAGAGAGAGAGAGGAGGACAGAAGUUGGAACCGCCUGUACAAAGCAAGCUUUCGUCAGUGCCACCGGCCCAGUGUCAGGCACUGGAGGAAUCUCAUCAGCCCCAGUAACAGGCUCUUAGGAUGGGCAAUAGAUCCUAGGAGAGGCCCUGGCUCACCUCCACAAACAGGCCUCGGAUAGAAAACACCUUCAGAUUGGCUUGUUUCAUUUUGAUUUCUCUCAGUGACAUUAGAAGCAAACUUUCACACACAUUCUGAGACAUCACAUUCUGCCUGGAUAUCCGUUGCUCUUAAUCGGUUACUCCUGCCUGGUUCAAAAUGGCGGUAAACCUGACACCUAUUCGGGACACAAAAUGGCUGACUCUGGAGGUGUGUCGUGAGUUCCAAAGAGGGACGUGCUCGCGUCCAGACUGCGAGUGUAAGUUUGCCCACCCUGCCAAGAGCUGCCAGGUGGAGAAUGGACGAGUCAUCGCCUGCUUUGACUCCCUCAAGGGUCGCUGUUCCAGGGAGAACUGUAAGUACCUACACCCUCCUCCCCACCUGAAGACCCAGCUAGAGAUCAACGGCAGGAACAACCUGAUCCAACAGAAGAACAUGGCCAUGCUGGCCCAGCAGAUGCAGCUCGCCAACGCCAUGAUGCCCAGCACACAGCUACAGACUACAUGUAUGCCGGUCCCCAUGUUCUCUGUGACGCCCAGCCUUGCCUCUAAUGCCAGUGCUGCUGCUGCGUUUAACCCCUACCUGGGCCCGGUGUCGCCCGGCCUGAUGCCCACUGAGAUCAUGUCCAGCGCCCCGGUCUUGGUGACCAGUAACCCCAACGUCUCCAUGCCCUCUGCCGCCGCUGCCGCCGCUGCACAGAAACUCAUGAGGACAGACAGACUGGAGGUGUGUCGGGAGUACCAGAGAGGUAACUGUACGCGGGGGGAGAAUGACUGUCGCUUCGCCCACCCCUCAGACAGCACCAUGAUAGACACCAACGACAACACAGUGACGGUGUGUAUGGACUACAUAAAGGGCCGCUGCUCCAGGGAGAAGUGUAAAUACUUCCACCCUCCAGCCCACCUGCAGGCCAAGAUAAAGGCUGGCCAACACCAGGUCAACCAGGCUGCUGCCGCAGCAGCCAUGGGGCUCCCACCUGUUUUACCUCCAUUACCAAAGAGACCCACAGUUGAAAAAUCCACCGGUGCCACCGCCAUGUUCAACGUCGCUGCCAUGUUCCAGUACCAACAGGCCCUGGCCAACAUGCCGUUUCAGCAGCAGUUCAUCCCGUCAGGCUCGAUAUUGUGCAUGACACCUGCAACAAGUGUUGAGUGGGACUGGACUGGAUUGGGACAGACUGUGGGUUGCAGACAGGUACCCAUGAUGCACGGUGCUACGCCCACCACUGUGUCUGCAGCCACCUCAUCUGCCACAAGUGGUCCCUUUGCAACCGCAACAGCCAAUCAGAUUCCAAUAAUAUCUACAGAUCAUCUUACUAGUCACAAGUAUGUGACUCAGAUGUAGAAGUCUCUACCAGAACAAUGAAACUGGAGUGUGCUGGUGCUCCAUCCGUCCCAGACAACAGUUCACCCUUCAUGCCUGGAAGCAUAGAAAUAGAAUCUUUAGAAUGGAUGCUAUUUCUAUGCCUGUAAGCAUAGACAUAGCAUCUUCAGAAUAGAUUAUAUUUCUAUGCCUGUAACAUCCAGAACACCAGGAGACUCCAACCACCUGUAAGCUGUAGUGGUUCUGACAUGCAUGCUACUCGAAGAGGUCCAGUUUGUCAUAAGGUGGUGAACAUGUGUAUUCUACACACACCAUACAGACAACAGCACCUCCUACAGAGAGAGGAACUAUGCCAUCUACAGAUCAUUACAGCCAGCCUUUAUAUCUGUGGAGGCAUCAUCCAUUAAAACACCGGACACACUUUGAAUGUCAACAUGAGAAGAUAGUCACGCCCACUAGUUUGUUAUGUCAGCAGACCAAGACUCUCUUUUAUGUUAUUUUCAGUUUGUUUUUCUUUAAUUUAUAUUAUUUUUCAUGGUUUACACAAAACAAAGGUGCACCUUGUAUUUUAAACAAGAGGAGGGAAAUGAUGAGGAAUAGUAGCUAAUUGCCAUAUUAGACUGAAUGAAUUGUGCAUGGCUUGUUUGUUGAUGACAUGGUUCUUUACAAGAUCAACUUGGUUGAAAUGGGUUAGUGGGCUUGGUGCCAUAAUGACAGCAGAAUGUUGUGGGUUUAGUACACCUUUGUGUUUUAAAACCCAUCCCAGCUUUACUAGGUAUGUUGCAAGCUCCACUUAAAGUGCCAUAGACUAUGUCUGUAUAUUCCCAAAACCUUGAGUGUUAUGAGGUCAUUAUAGCCAUGUUACAGUGUUAACCUGGGGAAAGCCUUCAACGUCUCCAAUGUCUCUAGUGUCCUUGUUCAUUGAAUGUUUGUCUACAGUUUGAUGUCAUUAACAGAUGAACCAGUCAUGGUCUUUGCCUCUUGGGUACGCAGUUACCCACCAUAUGUUGUUUGAUUUACCUCUGGUCUUCUGUUGGUUUUCUUUUGAUUUGCCUUGAGCUUAGAUUCCAUGGUGUGAGGCAGACAGAGAAGAGGUCUUGGUUCUGUUAUGACCCGUUCUUCUCUGGGUAUAAAGUCUAUGAACUCUAGUUGGUUCUGUUAGGACCUGGUCCUCUCUGGGUAUAAAGUCUAUAGACUCUAGUUGGUUCUGUUAGGACCCAGUCCUCUCUGUCUCUGGGUAUAAAGUCUAUGGACUCUAGUUGAUUCUGUUAGGACCUGGUCCUCUCUGUCUCUGGGUAUAAAGUCUUUAGACUCUAUUUGGUUCUGUUAGGACCUGGUCCCCUCUGGGUAUAAAGUCUAUACUCUAGUUGGUUCUGUUAGGACCCAGUCCUCUCUGUCUCUGGGUAUAAAGUCUAUACUCUAGUUGGUUCUGUUAUGACCUGGUCCCCUCUGGGUAUAAAGUCUAUACUCUAGUUGGUUAUGUUAUGACCCAGUCCUCUCUGUCUCUGGGUAUAAAGUCUAUACUCUAGUUGGUUCUGUUAGGACCUGGUCCUCUCUGGGUAUAAAGUCUAUAGACUCUAGUUGGUUCUGUUAGGACCUGGUCCUCUCUGGGUAUAAAGUCUAUAGACUCUAGUUGGUUCUGUUAAGACAUGGUCUUCUCUGUCUCUGGGUAUAAAGUCUAGACUCUAGUUGGUUCUGUUAGGACCUGGUCCUCUGUGUCUCUGGGUAUAAAGUCUAUACUCUAGUUGGUUCUGUUAGGACCUGGUCCUCUCUGUCUCUGAGUAUACAGUCUAUAGACUCUAGUUGGUUCUGUUAGGACCUGGUCCUCUCUGUCUCUGAGUAUACAGUCUAUAGACUGUAAAGGCGUAAUGCAGGGGGCUUUGGCCCUGGACCCAACAUUAUGCCAAAGUGUCACUUUUGUGACGAAGAAGGUGUGUAGACUGUAAACAAGGAAGGAUAGAAUGAAGCACUACUGAAAGUUGCAAGAUAAACCAAACCGCUGAGUGGUGUUAGGAGAAUUUUCAAAGUUACAUGGUGACUUAUGGUUGAGUUGCUCUGAGUUUUAAUAUGGUGUUGGUUUUCAUUUUAUUAUAAUUCAUUUAAUGAUUUUUAUUUUAUUUUAUGUUUUAUUAAGUGCAGUUUAUAUGGUCGACGAUAUGUAAGAGAACUUGUGAAAACACAUUAUUUCUAAUUAAAUGUGUGAUAGUAGGGAUACUUUUGGAUAGAUACAGUCAACAAACAAAAAUCCUCUGUGUUCUUUGUUGAUAUAUGUGGGUGCACUAGUCGAGCUCUGUUCAGCGAAUGUGUGGGGCCAAAAUCUCAGAUGAAGUUGUGUAUGGACAGGGGGGGGG